UGAUGAUCCAUCCAAAGGUCUAAAUGCGAGAGAACUUGACUGCGAUCGAUACCCACCCAUCGUGCCAUGCACACGUACGCACGUGUGCUGCAUUGUGCGUCAGGUCAAGUGGCUGCCACAAUGAGUGCACCACUCACACCACUGCGAUUAUGAAUGACCUCAGCUCGGCCAUCCGUCCAUCACGCCCCGCCUCUUGGCCACCAGACUCGCCCUGCCUGUGUGGCCUUGUUCGUCGUGGUUGUUGUGAUGAGGGACUCGUACUGCGCGCCCUUGAGGAUCUGUUUGGCCUGUACUAGCGCAUCGAUCUCUCUCUUGCGCUUCACACGCCGCGUCUCAAAGCUGCCCAUCAUCCAAUCUGCACACACAAUGAGUGGGUGCAUGCCUGGACACACCAUGAGGCAGACGGACACAUGGGUUGCUGACCGCAUGAGGGUUUGAUCUUGCUGAGGUAUGUGUGCAUGUCGUCGAUGAGUGCCUGCAGGCCGCCCGACUCCUUCUCAAGGCUGGCAACGGACCGCUCCAAUGCAGCUAUGUCACAAUCAUGACAAGAAACGCGGAGAGACCAUGCAGACGUGCGCAUAUAUGGAUAGUCACCGAACCUUUCCGCAAUUUCAGGUCGAAAUACUUCUUCUCCAGCGUCUCCAUGCUGGCCACCAUGUCGCCCUUCAUCUGACGGAACUCGUCGCGGCUCGUCCGCUCCUCACCGUCCAUCAGCUCAAUGGAUUUCUUCAUGUCAUUCUGCAGCGUCUCAAGCACCACCAAGAUGCCCCUUGUCUGCAUCUGCAGCCACAGAAAAGGGAAAGGUGAAAGCAGUGUCGCUUGUGUGCCCGCGGCAGGCCCACCUUCUUCGGCCCGCCAAAAGUGGCUUCGGGGUCGGCUGUGGGCGUGAAGGGGUCAGCAUGCGACUGAAAGGCGCAGAGAGACCAUAGACAAAUCCAUGACUGACAGCACGCAGUCUGUCUGUCUAUGUGUCUACCUUGAUUUGGGCGAGGGUCCCUUCUCCAAUGUCGAUUUUGUUGCGACGGUAGAAGUCCGUCAGUGCCCCGAUCGUUUUAUCCAGCAGCUCCACGGCAGCAAUCGCAUCUGGGAGACAGACAGACGGGCAAGGAGAAAACAAUCCUGCAACCCAUAUAUUCUGUGUAUGUGUAUGUUUGCUCAUGGCAUGGCGCCUUGCUCUGUUUUGCCUAUUGGCGUUCUCGGCUUGGGUGCGGUUGGCCAUGGCCUCGUACAGCGUCGUGUUGGUCGCUGACAACUCCUGAACCGUCACAUGCAGACAGACAUCCAUCAAAAAGAGAGACGCACAUCCUUGUCCUGUCCGUCCGUGUGGGUGGUCGGGACAGUAUCUGUGGCGUUCAUGAGGCUUUCCACGUUAGUUCCCUCAAUUUCCUUGUCAGCCAGCUCCUGCAGCUUCUUCUGGUGGGUGUGGCUGCGUACAUAGACAGACAGACAGACAAGAAAGGAUCAACGAGGCAUCGAGAGGCCCCUUGUUGCUGCUGACUUGGUUCUGUCGAGCUCAUCAGCCUUGUCUGCACGCUCCUCGUCACACCUAAGUAUGGCCAGCCAGAAUGGCAGUAGCUAUAUGGCUCACUGGGUGGCUGGGUGGCUGGGUGGGUCUUUGGAAACAACAAACCAGUCUUUGUGUCUGAUGUCCUCUGUCUCCUCCUUCCUGCAUAUGCCGAUCAUCUCAUUGAUGGCCUCCAACACUUGCUGGAACGAACCGUGCUACCACACCGAUGGAUGAUAGACACACAGAAAUGCAGUCAUAUAUUUCAGAAAUCGGGAGAGGUUCUCUCCAUCGUUGUUCGACCUUUGUUUUGUCGGACAGGAGGUGUAGUCUUGGAGCAUUUAGGACCGCGGCUGACCUCUGCAGGUGCAUGGCGACCUUGUUUCCCGAUCGAUGACGCGACACGUCCUGCAGCAGGGCCACACCUCUGCAGACGUGCACACAGACACACGCCCAUACGAAGGCACAAGGAAGACAUGCGGCUGCAGUUUAGUCACCCUCCGAGAAGUCUCUUGGCCUCGUCAGACUGCAGGUAUCCGAGUGCCUCGUCGAUGCCCUUGAGCUCCUCCGCUCGAAGGCGACUCCGGUCUGAGAGAAUGGCAGCCAGGCAGGCGGCCUGCGAGACAUGCCGGAGAAAUGCGUUACUUCUUUACCAGUCCAUUUCGCUGCCUUGUCCUUGCACGCCUUGUCAGUGUCCGCCACGAAGGCCUCGUCUGCGUGUCGGCAACGGAAAGCCGACAACCAGGAUCAAAAGGGUGGGUUGUGGCUGGCAUGUUUGCACUCGGAUUCUCACCGACCGUUCUUGAGUUGCUUCUUGGUGUCUUCCAUCGUCUGGCGGCUGUUGGUCUGACCACACAUAACAUACACACAGAAGGGAUGGAUGGUGGGGUGUGUUGGAUCUUGGGGUGGGAUGGUGGGCAUACGAGUGUCUGGCCGUGUGUGGCGUAGGCAGACUCCUUGUCCGUCAGCUCGGCCUGCAUGUUGGUCAAGGCCGUUUGCUUCUCGCCCAUGAGGCUUUCGUAGUUGGUGUGCUUGUCCUUCUCUUCCUACCCACACCAUGUCCAUGCCAGCACAUGUGCGCACACACAGACACACAGUGACGAAGAUGUGUGGACGGGCUUACCGAUAUGGAUGCGUCGAGGUUGUUCUUGAACUCGUCCUUCAUGUUCUUGAGUAUGCCGAAUAUGCUGCUCGACGAGGGCUGGUACUGCAGCCUGAACGUGGGAGACCUGACCAUCGAAAGCAUUGCAAACGAAUCCAUCCAUCCAUCCAUCAACACACGCGGACAAAAACGAUUGUCGUGUGUGGGUACUGCUUGAGUUGUGGGUUGUCCGUGGCAUCCGGCUGGCUGCUGGCGAGGAAGGUCCCCAGCGCCUGCCGCUGGUCCUCUGUGAGGGUCGACAGGGACGCCAUCGAAACGGCAUGACGGAUCUCUGUAUCAACGCCAAACACACAUUCGGGUACACAGCCGUCCGUCGAGUGUGUUGCGUGUGUGUGUGCUCGUACACUCACUUGGCAUGAGGUUUUUCAGUGCGACGCCCCGUGCAAUGAGACUGGUGCUGCUGCUGGUGGUCAACGACUCGUCUUUGGCGCCGUGCACGGCUGUCAUGACCUCUAUGGCACGAUCUAAUGCAUCGAUGGCCUCCUCAAGCUCUGCACACGUGAUGCAUUGGCAUGGGAGCGAUUCUUUGUUGUUCGCAAGCCCCAUAAGUAAGCCCCAUGUACCUACCUGCUUCGGUCUGUGCGUAUGCCUGUACUUCCUUAUCGCGCAUGGCCUCCGCCUCAGAGAUGGACUUGUCGGCCUCGCCGAUGUCCUGACCAUCGAUGAUGCAUAUAGCCAGACAGGUGUAAUGCCUCGUCAUGACGCGGCUGGCCAGGGUGUGCACCUUCUUUAGUUUGGCGAUUUGCGCCUCCAGCUGCCCUCGGCUGCCUUUAUGGUUGAAGAUCGUUGUCUGCAGCUCAUCAAUUAGGGCCCUGCAGUCAGUCGGCACACGACACGCACUGCAAACACCCCUGUAUCUCUGUCCUUCUCUUCCAUCUGACUUGGCGUCUUUGAUGUCUUUUUUCUUCCGGGCCAGGGUAUCUUCGCACCAGCAGGCGUACUUAUCAUACGCACUCUGCUCGGAGGCGCCCCCCGCCACGAUGUCGCCCCGCAGCUUGGAAAUCAUGCUCAAGAUCUGCUGACGCGGACCUGCCGCUGAUGGCGAUGGUGCUGAAGGAGGAUCUUGCCGCGGCUGCAAGAUGGAUCUUGCAUUGCACCUGGACCAGAAAAGGCCGACCAAAACGAAGGGAAGCACAUUCAUUGCGGCAGAUCAG